AUGCAAUACUUGAAUUCGUACAUUCUUUUAAUUUUUCAUUCCUUUAUUCUUUCAUUCAAUUUCUCACUCCUUUAUUUUUUCAUUUUUCUUUCCUUCACACUUUCUUUCAAUUUCUCCAUUAAUUCUUUCAGUUUUUCGUUUCUUCAUUCUUUCUUUCAAUUUCUCUUUCCUUCAUUCUUUCAUUUUUCCUUCUUUCUUUCAAUUUUUCUUUCCUUUUUUCCUUCUUUCAUUCUUUCUUUCAAUUUAUCGUUUCUUAAUUCUUUCAAUUUCAUGUUUCUUCAUUCUUUCAAUUUCUCGUUCAUUCUUUCUUUUAAUUUCUCGUUCUUUCAAUCUUUCAAAUUCUCGUUCCUUCACAUUUUCCAUUUCUUUAAACAUUCAUUCUUUCAAUUUCCAGUUCCUUUUGUCUUUCAAUCUCGCGUUCAUUCAGUCUUUCAAUUUCUCGUUCCUUCCCAUUUUCAAUCUCUCGUUCAUUCAGUCUUUCAAUUUCUCGUUCCUUCCUAUUUUCAGUUUCUCGUUCUUUCAUUCUUUCAAUUUCUCUUCCUUCAUUCUUUUAUUUCUUUAAUCAUUCAUUUUCCUUUUAUUUCACCAUUUUUAUUUCAUUCGUCUUGUUCUCUUCUUUCCGUGUCUUUCUUUUUCUUCCUUUUCCUUUCCAGCCUCCAUUUCUGCUCUCUAUUUUACCACGUAAGUAAAUUUCAUCUAUUCAUCUAUCUAUCUAUCUAUCUAUCUAUCUAUCUAUCUAUCUAUCUAUCUAUCUAUCUAUCUAUCUAUGUAUAUAUCGGUUUGUUCAUAACUAUAUAUCUAUCUAAAUAUCUAUCUAUGUUAGCCUGCUCAUUUCUAUCUCAGUCUGUUCAUGUUUAUCUAUCUAUCUAUCUAUCUAUCUAUCUAUCUAUCUAUCUAUCUAUGUGUAUCAGUCUAUUCAUAUCUACCUCAGUCUAUUCUCUGUUCAUGCUUAUCUAUCUAUCUAUCUAUCUCUAUCUCUCUAUCUCUCUAUCUCUCUCUCUCUAUCUCUCUAUCUAUCUAUCUCUAUCUAUCUAUCUCUUUCUCUCUCUCUAUAUAUAUAUACAUAUAUUCUGUUCAUGUUUAUCUAUCUAUCUAUCUAUCUAUCGAUCUAUCUAUGUGUAUCAGUCUAUUCAUAUCUACCUCAGUCUAUUCGUAUCUCUCUCUCUUAAUCCCUUCUUAUCUAUCUAUCUAUCUAUCUAUCUAUCUAUCUAUCUAUCUAUCUAUCUAUCUAUCUAUCUGUUCAUAUCUAGCUAUGUUUUUAGUACCGAUAACUAG